AUGUCUCCUUCCUGUCUGAACCGUGUGUUUCUCGUUGUGCAGAAGAAGCUGGCGGCAGAGCCCGACUACACGGACGUGUCGUUGACGGCGGCGGAGCGCGUGCGGGCGCUGGGGAAGAUGGGAUGCAGCGUGGAGAUCAACGAGGACAUCGCGCCGAGGCGCUACUUCCGCUCCGGAGUGGAGAUGGAGCGCAUGGCGGCGGUUUACCUGGAAGAGGGCAGCCUGGAGAACGCCUACGUCCUCUACACCAAGUUCAUCACUCUGUUUGUAGAGAAGCUGCCCGGCCACAGAGACUAUCAGCAGUGCAGCGUUCCAGAGAAGCAGCUCAUCAUGAAGAAACUUAAGGAAGUGGCGUUUCCUCGUAAAGACGAGUUGAAGAAACGUCUUCAGGAGAAAUACAGCAGGGAACACAGCGAGUACCUCAGAGCCCAGAGCCAGGCAGUGGUGGUGGAUGGCUGUGGCCAGCAGCUACAGCGGCUCUCCCUAUUGGACGAGGACAGGAGGCGGUUCCUGCUGUUGGAGGAGGAGCGGCAGCGAGUCGCCGCCCUGCGACGCAUGCAGAUCGAAUCAGAACAGUUUCGCUACUUCGAGGACCAACUCAGGCGCCAAGAACUGGCCAAUAGGAGAGGAGAGGAGGCGGAGCAAAAGGUGGGGACCAAAGUGCCUGAGGUGAUGGACGGCUCCUGUCUGUCUCAGCAGCCAAUCAGAGACACUGUACGAUCUCAGGGGGGGGAUCCUCCUAGGAUCAAACCGCCAACUCCCGUCAGCCAACCAGCUUCCACGCUGGCUGGAGUACACAGUCAGAGGGUGGAGGGUCUGAGGCGGGUGGUGAUUCCCAGAGAUCUGACGUAUCGUUUCCUCCUGCUGGCCGACUCCAACACAGCCAGAGGAAUAGAAACCUGUGGAGUCCUCUGUGGACGACUGACGCACAAUGAGUUCAUGCUGACUCACGUCGUGAUCCCGAAACAGUCGGCUGGGCCGGAUUUCUGCGACAUGGAGAACGUGGAGGAACUGUUCAGCUUCCAGGACCAACAGAACCUGCUGACGCUUGGCUGGAUCCAUACUCAUCCCACUCAGACGGCCUUCCUCUCCAGCGUUGACCUCCACACUCACUGCUCCUAUCAGCUGAUGCUGCAGGAAGCCAUCGCCAUCGUCUGCGCUCCCAAACACAAUGAUACUGGUGUGUUCAGGUUGACUGGGCCGGGGAUGUCGGAGGUUUCUGGCUGCAGACUGAAAGGUUUCCAUCCUCACUCCAAGGAGCCUCCUCUGUUCAGCGUGUGUAAACAUGUGGUGGUGAGGGACUCAAAGAUCAGCCUGCUGGACCUCAGGUGACAGACAGGAGGCGCUGUCUGUCUCUUUACUGCCGGGCUGAUUGAAAACUGUGAAGUGUGAAUGUGUCGUCGUGAUGUUUUUCAGCAUUUGACCUUUUUGAAAAAAGCAUUUCAAAACUCAGUGUUCAGUUUUCUGGAAGUGCUUUGACAUUUUUGUGAAAUUUGUUCUAACAAAUGUUUGUUUUGCUUUUGGAAUCAGCUGCUGGCUGUACAAAGAUAUAAAUCUCUAUAUUUUUGCUUUUAUUCUUUGUGGAUCAGAGUUUCUCCUGCAGUGUAAGAUGUGCUGUGUUGAAGUGACGAGUGCCUUCUUAUGAAAAACUAACAAACGUGAAUGUUUACCUGCCUGUGUUCAGAGAACAACUCACCACUUAUAUUUGAUAUGUUUUUGCUUCAUGACUUUGAUCCCUAGUUUUGCAUUAACUGGAGAGAACACGUGAGGUCGCCUUCGUAGGUAGAGAUGAAAACAAUCUUGCACAAAGCAGCAAUGUCAGCGCUGUAUCGUAGGCAGUCACACUGAGCCAAUCAGCAGCAGCUGCACAACACAAGAGCCAAUCAGCAGCAGCUACAGAACGCACAGAAAGAGCCAUAGACUGUGAACAACGCCCCCUUUAGCUUCAUGCUAAAGGGGGCUACAUUAAACAGCAUGUAAACACACCUGCAAACGUUACCUGGAUCUGGAUAGAUGCAGUUGUGGUUCUUACUCUUCACUUGUCUGUCCAUGACAUACACAAGUUAGUUUACUUUGUCUGCAUUCCCUAUGGCAUAACACAGAUGCUCUCUCGUUCUUUCAUGCGCUACAGACACCCUUGUAUGCUAGAGACAUUCUGACGUUCCCUACAGACGCUGUCUCAUUCCCUACGGCGUAACAGCAGGAGGUAUAGAGCGUGGGGUUUAUGUUGUGGUUUAUUUGUAUACACAAAUUAAAUUUUUUUUUCUUGGUAUUGAACCAAAUGAACUUCAGCUGUGAAAGAGACCUACGGUACCCACAGUAAUAAAUGUUGUAUUUUCAUCUCAGAGGCCAUGAAACUAAUCAUCGUAUUAUACCGUUAUCUCACUUGAGUUUGCAGGCCUGAAUUUACCCUUAAAAAAUAAAAUCAUUUAAUCUCAAAUCUAUGUUUUUCAAAGGCUUUCAUUUUAUCAAUAAGUUAUUGUCAAUAACUUUGUAAUAAACCCCCUGGUUCCUAACAAACCUGCUCUGCUGCUGUGUGGGGAUGCAGAAUGUUUUUACUUUGUGCACCAGCCGAUGUUUUAAUGUUCGUUGAAGAUCAACUGAACAGCUGUUUUUAAACUUGUUUUUGUUAAUAAAAAACCAACUGCUGCUCCGA